CAGAGCAGGGCCUGUCACAGGAUAAAAAUAGGUAGAAGUCGUCAGGUAAUGGACACAGGGUCUGCACAUGUUCAGAGUGUAGAACUGCAGAGUGUAGAUUUUGAGUGGAGAAAAUUGCUGUUGCAGGUUUCUCUGGAUUUUGAUAUUUCUGGAUGGGGCUCUGUAGUUUGGAGAUUUAAAAGUGCCUUGGAAGGGAAGAAAUCUCCAAUCCAGUGUCCAGAGUUUGCAGUCAACCAGCAGGGAUUGGGCCCAGGUGCUCACAGCCCUUAUAAUUAUGAUCUGCUGAGAGUUGCAGGGGGGAGUAGAGUGCAGUGGCUGCCAUUGAGUGGCUCUGUG